GACAGUUCACUUUUUGUUUGAAACUAAGUUUGAAACAAUUGAAACUCCGCGUUUUUUAUUUCCAUAUCUGGUAACACUGAUCAGCGGACGGGCAAGCGAGAAAGCGUUUUUUUAUUAUUUUAUUUUGCGUCUUGUUUGUAACAACAAAAUCCUGCAAAUAUUUUUUUCGAUAAUGGCUUAUCUUGAUAAAUAUUUGAUUAGCAUUUUCAUACUUCUUGCUGUUACACAAUACGUUUUCAGUAUAAAAUGUUGGGAUUGCCGUUCGAAUAACGAUCCAAAGUGCGCAGACCCGUUUGAUAACAGUACAGUGCCGAUAACAGAUUGUGUACAAGAAAAAGGCUUAUCCCAUCUUCCUGGAUUGAGACCUACUAUGUGCCGCAAAAUCAGACAAAAAGUAAAUGGUGUUUGGCGUUACUUCAGAGGUUGUGCUUAUUUAGGUGAGGUUGGUAUCCAAGGAGAUGAGAGAUUUUGUCUGAUGAGGACUGGGACUUACAACAUUUUCAUUGAGUACUGCACAUGUAAUAGUAAAGAUGGAUGCAAUUCUUCAUCUCUCCCGAGUCCAAUGCCAUUUGUGUUACUGGUAUUUGCUUUUGUUACUAAUUUUCUUAAGACUGUUUUAUAGUUAUUCAAUAGCUUGUAAGAUCAACAGUGUGACGGAACUGAAUUUUUAUAAUUUCUGAGAUUAGGCCAUUUCUUUCUCUAAGUGAAACUUUUAUUUCAGUAAAUCUGAUAAAAUUUAUCUCUCAACAAUAUCAAAUAAUAAUAAUUAUGAAUUAUUAAUGUUUGGCAGACUUAUCAAAAGAGACUAAUGAGAUGGUUUUCUUUUCUUUUGUAAGUUUUUCUUUGAUAUCCUACAGAUAUUUUGGCUAGUAGUAAAAAAUUAAAUUGAUGAAACCAUAAUACUAUUUAAAUCUAAAGAAAAUAUUACUAGAAAAAUAUCCACUCGGACUAGAUAGCAGACAGGACUUGAACCCGCAUCCUUCGCUAUUCGGGCGAAUGCACUGACCAAUUAUGCUACCGCGGCCCUGAUGGCCGUGUCUUAUAUAUAUUCUUUGUAGCCUUUCUUAAGCUGCAAGGCAGCACCAUCUCUUCAUGUUGUAGGUAACCCACAAUGUCAAAUGAAUACCUUUACAAGUAUUAAACAUUUGAAAUCUUCAUGAAAAAUAUCUUUAGAUUUAAACAUCGAGCAGAUACCUACAUGCUUAAAAAAAAAUAUUAUAACCAUAAUACUAUUUGUUUCUGAAAAUGUUUUACUCAGCCUUUUUUUCCCAACAAGUCUCACUGUAACCUGUUACACUGUGACUCGUUGGGAGAACUUAGUAAAAUAAUUCCCAACCAGUCACACAUGUGACAUGCUGGGAGACCUUUCUUAAAAUAUUUUCCCCUUUACUUAUUAUACAAAUACAAAAGCCUUUUUACUCAUUACUAGCCACUAAGCCAUAAUAGCUUAGAGAAUUAACUUACUGAUAAAACAAGUUGACACAAAAAGCAUCACAUUUUAUCCUACUUAAAUGUUUUACUUUAGAAUUUAUUGUCUUAUUUUUAAGACUAAUUAUGGUUACUUUAAUAACAUUUAAUUUCACUUUCAUUUGAUGGCUCCA